CAUGGCAAAGUCCCUCUCUAAAAACAGAACCGUUUGCUCAUACUCCAAGCAAAGCUCUAGAUCUCUGCUGUCAUAGCUCCUCUCUUCAUCUUCCUUCUCAGUCUCUAUAUACUCUCUUUUGUCCAACUUCCACAAGCAAAAGCCCCAUUUUUUUUUUGGCUUUUUAUGAACUUUUUAUUGUCGUUUCUGUUUCGAAACGAAGAUCAGCACACUAUAUAAUCCCAAGAAGAAGAAGAAGAAGAAGAUAUCUUCAAACAGCCAUUCCAAGUUGCAUUGAAGACCCUAUUUAGUUGCGACAAUGAGCAACUCCUUUCUUCCAUCUUUACAAUCUGAGCUUUUCAACAUUGGAAACGAGUUUCGGAUGCCGAAUUUGGAAGUUUCUACCCUGGUGGACAACAAAAUGAACAUGCACAGCAAUGGUGGAUUCUAUUUGCAGUCCAAAGCAUUCAAUGAUGACUACUGGUUAAGAGGUGAAGAUAAUAUGGCUAUUCCUGCUCAGCCCCUUCAUGAUCUUCAAGCAGGUUAUGAGUACAUCACAUCAAGCUAUGAUACUACAAUCUAUGAGCAGCCAAGAAAGAAGCUUUUGGUUCCACAAACUCCAAGUGAUUUGCAGGCCAAUCACAGUGCAAGGAAGCAUCAAUUAGAGGGAAAAGGGUUUGUACCCGAAGAGGGCUUUAGCGUAUCGCUGCUCAAAAGCAUGCCUUUGAACGAGUGGAAUAAGAACAAGAGGAAAAGAACCUUGUCUGAUGAAGAACCUCAUGAAGUCAAAAAUGGCUCGGUUAAGGCUCAACGAUGCAGGAUGCAAGUUCCCGUAAAGAGAAGUCAAAAGAUAGGUGACAAAAUUACGGCUCUACAAAAGCUGGUAUCUCCAUAUGGCAAGACUGACACUGCUUCAGUACUCCAAGAAGCUUCCCUAUACAUCAAGCUCCUUCAAGAACAAAUUCAGAAUCUUUUCCAGAUGCUAAGCAACUCAUAUAGUAGCAUCAGAGCACUCCAACCACAGCCGUGCCUUGGUGUAGAAUUGAACGGGGAAAGGAAACUUGAUUUACGAAGCAGAGGACUCUGUUUGGUUCCGGUAUCAUCAAUUCAGAAAAUGUCGAGAGAGAUCCGUGCUGAAGCUCACAGUCAUACAAUUUAUUAAGGAAGUUGGCGAAAUUGUUAUUACGAGACUUGUCAUACAAACUUAUUUAAGAGCCGAUUAAAGUAUCACCCGCAGGAGAA